AUGGCAACCCCUCAUGGAUUGAAGCUCAGGCUUCCUGAGUCCUACAACGGCAAACGCGACUUGAUGGUGAUUGAGAACUGGUGUUUCUCAGUUGAUCAGUACCUCAGUCUCGCCGAGGAUAUCAGAGCCGAGAAACAUUCAGCCAUCAAGCGUGGUCUCAUGAAGUACUUUGCCCCUGUGAACGCUGCAAGAGCACUCAGAGACGAGUGGCAUGGCUCUCGUCAGACGACAUCGGUUGGCGAAUACGUUACUCGACUCAACAACCUUCGCAUUCAAAUCCCGGAGAUCCGUGACAUCGAAUUCCUCGACAAGUUCAUCCAUGGUUUGAAGCCAAAGGUCAGGUUGGAACUCGAACUUCGCAACCCUCAGACUCUGGACGAAGCCAUCAUGAUUGCGGAUCGAUACGACAGUAUUACAUUCAGCAACAGGAUUCUCAACUAG